AUGUCUGCUUUGGAAGGCGUGGCCACUGGGUGUGGAGAUGACGAUUCUACCGUCGGUUGUAGAAUUACCUGUGUCGGCCUUCGCGUCCGUGCCAUCGAAGGCCUGGGUUUCAGCCACCGAGAGCUGUCACGAUCGGCCAAGACUCAAAGCCGGCCAGCACGACUGGCAGGAUUCUCUAGUGUCUCCGCCCUUCAAGAACGCAGGGUAGUAUACACUCAAUCGCAUUCAGCUGACCAUUCGGCUAGCGUCUUAGGUGAGAAAGAAAGCACCCCCGUUGAGCCGCAGAUCAAUGUGGCAGAGUCCAAACCAUCAUGCGGCAGUCCCUGUUUGAGUCUCAACCACUAA